AUGGAUUGGAAAAGUUACUACCUCCCCGAUGGCAAGGACGAGGGGGUUGCAACAAGCGACCUCCAGCCCGACCCAGCAGAGGAAGCCUUUGAGAAUGCUACAGCUAUUCUCUCUUCAAUCCCUUCCACCAUCGACGGCAACGUGGACAUCCUCAAAGGACACCACACUAUCCAAGAUAUAUUUUUCUUGGUUCUCCAGGCGCAGAAUGCCUACGACAAUAGCCGUUCGCGGGGGAAGGCGUGGCAGUGGCUUUCUGCGCUCUCGAGCCGACUCCAUUAUUACGCUCCGGUCAUGGACGCAUUGUCACAAUUCCACUCUGGAUACGCUUCGCUCGCCUGGGGUACCGUCAAAUUUCUCCUCAUGGUGUCACGCAACCAUGAAGAGCAAAUUGCUACAUUCUCAUACGGUCUGUCCCGCAUUGCGGACCAUCUCCCCCGCCACGGACUUAUCCUGAAGUUGUACCCUACCCAUCAGAUCAAGAGAGGAGUCUCCUUUCUGUACGCCAAAAUCAUAGAGUUCCUGAUGAGCGCGCUAGUGUGGUACCAGGAAGGCCGGCUGAAGCGCAUCUACCACGCCGUGACACAACCCGUCGACGUCCGUUACAAAGGCUUGUUCGAUGAAAUCAACGAAUGCUCCCGCUGCGUGGACCGGUGGGCAGUGGUUGCUUCGCAGGCAGAGCUCCGUGAUGUCCACAACACUCAGUCGGAUAUCUUGACCAUUUCUGAGAGACAUUACGAUCUGACGCAGCGCAACACAUCCCAGCUCGACGACAUCAGGGCCGAUAUCCAUCAAAUCCUGCUCACUGUUAUGCCUCCGGUGGCAGAAGCUGAGAGCCGGCGUGGCCUGCACUCAGCCGCGCUACUCAAUACUAAACAAGUCGUGACAACCACGCAAUUGGUUCAGAUGAUAGGACAAGUCUCAGGAGGCCCGCUGAAGGACCCUUUGCAAGUAUUGCACCAAGCGUCUCUUCUGUAUGUACGGCGCCAGGCCGUCCGUGGCGCUUCUCUGCUGCCCGAAGCUUUCUGGUCCUCACCCCAGCUUCAGACAUGGGCUUCUGCUCCUUCUUCCUCGGUCGUCUUCUGCCAUAGCUCCGUUGCAUCCCGUUUCAAGCUGAAAGACUUCAGCGUGAAUUUGGUUCAAACACUGACGCGAUUGGACAAACCAACUUUAUGGAUCUUCGCCCAUAGGAAUCCCACUGACGGGACGCGUCCCAUCCAUAACAUGUACAGUCUCAUUUUGCAGGCGAUCAAGCUAUGCGAAAGAUUUGGGAAGACUGAGACAUGGCUUAGAGCAAUGAGCCGCAUCACUACCGAAACCAGCCAAGACGAGUGCGUGGAUAUCCUCUUUGAAAUCUUGUCUAAGCUACCGCCCGUUUACAUCGUCUUCGAGAUCAACAGCAUAGAUGCUGCUUCUUGCGGUCCAGAUCCCUGGUGGCCUUGUCUCGUCUCGUCCUUCCUUCGGCAGUUGCCGAAGGUUAAGGCAGUGAAGGUCCUUUUCUCCAGCUAUGGGCGGACAUCGCCUACUUGCCAACUGAAAGGUCAUGAUAUUGUUUCGGAUGGAUGUUUAAUACAAGUUGAUUGUAAGAAACGAGGCCGACUUCCACCCCGUCGACAAGACCAAGUAGUAUUGUCGCCCCGCAAGGCUAUGCGUGCGGAAUCCGGGUGUUCUUCUCGUUUUAAGGCAAGUCGGACAGUAGCAUAG